AUGGCGGUGUUUAUCUCUACCAUGCUCAGUUUGUCAUUAAUGGCAAAUAAUGUCUUUGAUACAAUUCCUCAGUUAAAAGACCUACAAAUCACAAAGUGUUUGAAAGAUCUGUCUGAGGUUCUGUGUCGACUGGCAAAUGUGAAACCACUGGAGAGGUUUAUACUUUAUCAGGAGUUUUAUAGUCUUAAUUUCCCAAACUGUUCUUUGAUCAACCCCUCUCACGAAUACAUAUCCACUGUAUACAAUAUCGAAACGACUAUUAACUUUCCACCUACAACUACCACUAUCUCUGAAGGCAUUCAGUAUCAGUAUCUCUCUAUCUGUGAAGAGAUUAAAGAAAUAGUUCUCGUAUAUGAGUCAGAAGUAGCUGGGAUUGUAACCCUUUUAGAUGUACAUUUGAUCUUCCAGAUUUUCAGCAACCUUUCGUUAAUUGAUGUAUCUUUUCAUGCGCUCAGACCAACUGAUUUCCAAUCUCUUUGCUUGUCCUUUCCACAGUCAGUCAAACAGCUGUCCUUUAUGUAUCUAAACUCAAAUCACAUGGGAAAGGUAAUCUCCCACCAAUUUAUGUGUUUCACAAAUCUUGAAAUUCUGGAAUUAGUUGCAAGUAAUAUUUCCAUCAUACAAAAAUUUUCUUUUAUUGGAUUAAUCAAAUUAACACAUUUGAACCUCAGUAAAAACAAAAUAUCUUACAUUUAUCAAGACACAUUCAGUGGUCUCUAUGGACUGACGGCCCUAGAUCUUCAAGAAAAUCCAAUAAUUCAAAUUGAAACAAAUUCUUUUGGACAUUUUAUUAACUUAUGUACACUUCUGUUGGGAGAUCUCAACUUCCCACCUCACAUGUCACUGAUCAAGCUGAAUUUAUCUGAUAUAUUUGGAAGAAUCCCGUAUAAUCUGAGUCACAUGAUCAUUAGUUCAGGUCUGAGACCAAUGCAGCUCGUGAUUGGCAGCAAUAGUACACUGAAUAAGAGCUUAGACUUCACCAUCAAAGGUCAAUAUGCAAACUUGGGAAUAAUGUUUCACAAUCUGACAAAACUACAAACACUGUUCCUGACUAACUGCAGAAUAUUCUUUCUGGAUGGAAGUCUGACGAAGGACUUAAGUGCACUGACAGGUCUAGUGUUGAUGCCACGAGAUCAUGUUAACAUUCUACAAAACUUUGUGGAACAUCUCACCAGUAUAAGGUCCCUCCAUCUCCAGAGGUUUAAUCUGUACUGCAGUUGUGAUAAUGCAUGGCUGGUCUCAUGGGUGAAGGACAACAGGCAGGUGCAGGUUUAUAUGUACAGGCCCACCAUGAAAGAACUACAGUGCUUGGCUGAUAAUGGAAUGGACCAUCUCAACUUCAUUCUUUACACCAAGGAGAAUUGCUCAUUUUCUAUUGAAUUUGUGCUGUUUGUCUCCACCUCAGCUUUUUUAUUUUUCUUUAUGAUUGGAGUACUGUCAUAUCAAUGUGCAGGCCAAUACAUAAAGCCAUUCUAUAACAUUGCCAGUGGAUGGUUCCGAGAGGCUUUGCAUCUAAAUGGCAAACAGCGGUACCGCUAUGAUGUUUUUGUGUCCUACAGCUGUAAGGAUGAGCAUUGGGUCAUAAAUGAACUUCUGCCAAACUUGGAGCAGCGUGGCCCUCCAUUCCUGAGAAUUUGUCUCCACAGUCGGGACUUCCGGUUGGGGCAAGACAUUGUGGAAAACAUCACCGACUGCAUUUAUGCAAGUCGCCGAACUCUUUGCCUUGUCAGCCACAAUUACCUCCGUAGUAACUGGUGUUCUCUGGAGAUGCAGCUGGCUACUUACCGGCUACAGGUAGAACACAGGGAUAUUCUUAACCUGGUGUUCCUUGAAAAGAUUCCAUCUCGGUUGCUAUCCUCCCAUCAUAGAUUGGCACGGCUGGUUAAAAGUAGGACCUACCUCGACUGGCCACUGGACCCUGAGAUGCAUGAGGCAUUCUGGCAUAGAUUAUGGUGUAAACUGAACUCUUAUAAAGAUUAGUAGUAUGUUUUAUUGUACAUUGCAUAGUUGCUUAAAGCUUUAGAAAACCUUGACUCAGUAUUAGAAUAGAAAUUAACUUUAAACAAAACCGAUAAAAAGAACUGACACCUCACUGGAGACAUGUCACGUGCCAGCCUGCUUCAAGUCAACUAUCUUCCCGGUUCCCAAGAAGUCAAGGACCACAGGACUUAAUGACUUCAGACCCGUUGCCCUGACCUCUGUGGUUAUGAAGUCCUUUGAGCGCCUUGUGCUUUCACACCUCAAAGACAUCACUGACCCCCUCCUGGCCCCCUGCAGUUUGCAUACAGAGCCAACAGGUCUGUAGACAAUGCAGUCGACUUGGCCCUCCACUACAUCCUCCAGCACCUGGACUCCACAGGAACCUACGCCAGGAUCCUGAUGGUGGAUCCCGGCACUGCUCCAGGAGAAGCUCUCCCAGCUAAGUGUGCAUCACUCCACCUGCAGGUGGAUCAGUGACUUCUUGUCUGACAGGAAGCAGCAUGUGAAGCUGGGGAAACACGUCUCCGACUCACAGACA